CGAUGCAGCAGGUUUCCUCCAGGAUUGUGUCACGCAUUGAUCAAUUCUCAUUAUUCCUAUAAAAAGGACCUCGAGUGACAGGUUUCCAUUUAAUAUAAACACUAGUUUCGGAAUUGAACAUGGCUGCAUCGAACGACGUGACCCUCGCAUUCCUGGGCUGCGGCAACCUGGGGAUUGCAAUUCUCUCUGGAGUUCUUGCCUCCAUAACUGAAGCCAGAGACAACGCAUCAUAUGCUGCCUCCGGAGAAGUUCCGCAAUUGAUUCCUACAAAGUUCAUCGCCUGUGUCCGCAAAUCCGCCCAGCGUAUCCAGGAUGCCGUUAGCAAAUACCCCUCGAUCCCAGUCCAGAUCUUCCAAAACGACAAUAUUAGUGGAGUGACGGAGGCAGAUGCCAUUAUUCUCGGCUGCAAGCCCUGGAUGCUGAAAGAAAUCCUGGACGUCCCAGGCAUGCGCAAAGCCCUGAAAGGCAAGUUACUUAUCAGUAUCUUGGCUGGCUGCCCCGUCGACCAGAUUGAGGCUGUCUUGUACCCGGACGACUCUAUUCCGACCGAAGAUAGAUGUCGCGUCGUCCGCGCUAUGCCCAACACAGCCGCUAUGAUCCGCGAAUCAAUGACAACCAUCGAGACCUCGUCUCCUCCGCUUCCGGAUAAGUGGGACAAGCUGUUAACCUGGAUCUUUACGCGCGUUGGCCAGGUGUCCCGUCUUCCUCCUGAUAACAUGGAUGCUUGCACUUCGCUGGCAGGUUCUGGACCUGGGUUCGUGGCGUUGGUGCUUGAAGGUCUUGCUGAUGGCGGUGUCGCGAUGGGUCUGCCUCGUGCGGAAGCACAGCUUAUGGCUGCUCAGGUCAUGCGGGGGACGUCUGCUAUGGUGCUUGAUGGUGAGCACCCAUCUUUGCUUAGGGAGCAGAUUUGUACUCCUGGUGGGUGCACCGUGGGAGGGUUGAUGGUGCUUGAGGAGAAUGCUGUUAGAGGAAGCAUUGCUCGCUCGAUACGAGAGGCAACUGUCAUUGCUAGUCAGCUUGGACAGGGCGUUAAAAAUGUUAAUGGCACACGGCACUAGAUGUGGUCGAGUGUUCUAAAAAGCAUUUAUGGUGUAAAAUAUAUAGACGGUAAGUAGUCAUGGUAUAGAAACUAGCAAUGGCAUGUAGCGAUGGAAUAUAUAUCUGGCAGGCAAGACUUUCAUUAGUCUUAUAAUCGUUAUCCAAAGCAAUUAUAUUUGAUA